AAUAAAUUAAUAUUUAUGUUGUAAAGUAAGAUUUAAAUUUUAGAUAACAAAGAUUUCAUUCGGUUGAAUAAUUACAAACAUAGGAUCGAGUUUUCAAUAUUGACGACAAUAAUUCACUUCUUCGAACGAUUUUCAACGGACGAAAUGGUGCCGACGAUGCCGCCUGAUUCGCAUAAAAUUUCGCUGAAGAUCAUCGAAGCGAUAAAACAACACCCAGUUUUAUACAGUGCUGAAGUGAAGGGCUCUUCUAUUAAGCUUCAGGAAUUCCGACAGAAGGUUUGGAAGAGGAUUUCGGAUGAACUUGGUCUUGAUCCCACCUGGGUGAGAUUAAGAUGGAAAAACUUAAGGGAUACUUAUUGUCGCAUACUUAAAUAUAAGAAUAGAACAGAAAAGGGAGUUCGUAGAAAAAAAUGGAUUUUUGAAGAUCACCUUAGCUUCUUAAAGUUUCCGUACGAAUCAGAUUAUCAACCUCAAAGUAUAGAAUUAACUGAAGAUUAUAUUCAGGAUAUAAAUGCUGGUGGUAUCAGUUCUGAAGGUCUUUUAGAACAAUUAGAAGAUCGUAACGAUGAAGAUUAUAGCGAAUAUUUGGAAGUUCUUGAAGAAACAACUGCAGAUCCGAUUUUAAAUCGUGAUUCUAUGGAAUUAAAUGAUCAUAGUGAUAAUAUAGUAAAAAGUAUUGAAGCAGAAAAUACAAUGCAACAUGAUAUUGAUUCGUAUGCUCAGCAAAUUCAGUCAAAGUAUAGAAAAAUAAGACCAAAAAGAAUGAAAGUUGAAUCACUCGAAGUGCCUGCAACUUAUAGUAUUUUAAAAACAUCAUCUUUCAAGAAUAAAACAAUUGAUACACCAAUUUUUGUCACUGCACCAGCUGUAAAUAAUUCUACAAAAAAUUCUUCCAAAGUAGAAGAAACACAAAAUAAUUAUGACCAAGUUUACUUAGCCCCAGAAGGAAAAAGUAGUAUAGAACUUUUUUUUGACAGUAUGGCACAAACUGUUAAGCGACUCCCUCCAAAAGCACAAGCAGAUAUUAAAAUGAAUAUUUGCAAAAUUGUAACUGAAGCAGAACUUAGGUAUUCUGGACGUAAUACACCACAGAAUACUCAACAAUUUAUAGCACCACCUGGAAUGAUUCCUAAAUUAGUUCUAAUCCCAUGUAAUAUGAUUGAUGGACAUAGUAACAGAGGUUAA